GGGCAUGACUCGGAUGUCACCGCACUCGUCAUCUCCUCAGAUGGGCGGUGGGUAGCGACGGCCUCCAAGGACUUCACCAUCAUCCUGUGGGAUGCCCGAGACGCAUGCAUCUUACAAGAGUGGUUCGCCCGUAGCGGAGAGGUCAGGGAUCUCGCCUUCUCACCAGACGGCCAACGGCUCGCGUCUACCGGUGAAGACGGCAUGGUCGCAUUCUGGGACAUCAGUCGCAGUCCGCAUCAAGUCGCCACCCUCCAGGGUCAUCCUACUCCUCUCAAAGGCUGCGCGUGGUCCAGUGAUGGUGCUUAUAUUGCAUCCCAAGAGGAUGACCGCACUAUGCGACUCUGGGAUGGACGCACGUAUCAACCGCUACCCCACGGAUUUCCCACCACAGCGAGAUUCAGCCCGCAAAGUACACACGUUGCUGCUUCAUAUACAAGUGGAACGGUCCGUGUCUGGGACGUAGCAACUAGAGCGGCGCCCCUGCUCUUGCGGGGGCACGAAGAUUGGGUCCGCGAUGUCGUCUUUUCCCCAGAUGGCCGGCUACUGCUCUUAGCAUCGGUGGACAGGACGAUGACGAUAUGGAAUACUCACACAGGGGCCAUGGUCCGGUCGCUCAAGGGGCACACGGGCGCGGUGUUCACGGCAUGCUUCUCACCGUGUGGGAAGUAUAUCGCCUCUGCAUCUGAAGACAAGACGGUGAGGCUGUGGGAGACGGGGACGGGAUCAUGCAUGAAGAAGCUCUUCGACCACGGUUCAUGGGUCCAGCAUGCAGCGUUUACUCCGGACGGGACAAUGUUGUGGUCUGCAGCGUACAAUGGGACUGUUCUGGGUCGUCGGCUACAGGACAUUGUUCCGGACGAAUUCGAAUCUUGA